GAAUGACGAGGGCUUAGCUAACGUAAUCAUUGAAAAUUAUCAAGAAUGUUUUGUGUCAUUUUUUUAUCAAAAAGAUUUAGAAAUAAUAAUUUGUGGAAUAAAAAUUAUUCAAAAAAAUGAAAAUUUCAAGGUCAAAGUACAUCAAUAUGGCGGCUGUUUUAUCAGAAUCCCAACAAAGGUGUCGAAAGUGAUUUCUAAAAAUGAACAUUUCUGUAAAAGUAAUGGAUUUAUAUUGUGCUAACCGAUAUGAAAAUGGCUUUGUUUCCUAUUGUUUACAUUUUUAGUCUCACCCUGACUGAUUUGAUACAUGAAAUUUAUGCGGAAUAAUAAUGUUUGGGUCUUUCCACCCAGGUUGUGGGGUGGAUCUACUAUUAUGCAUCAAAAUAAUAACAUUUUGAUGCUUGCUAAUUGUAGCGUAAUUCCAUCGAAUGCGACACAAGAGUGUGUUGGCCGUAUCGAUGGAACCAUCGCGGUUUGCUGAUCGGCGGGGUCGACGAGAUGAAAAUGAUCAAAGUCCUUUAUGGACUGCGAUUUUCGACUAUGAAGCAGCCAGAGAAGACGAGCUCACACUACGCAGGGGAACCAGGGUUCAGGUUCUGUCUGUGGAUUCAGGAGAUGAUGGCUGGUGGAUGGGAAGAGCUGAAGGGAAAGUUGGGAUUUUCCCUAGUAACUUUGUUGCCAAAGAUUCUCAGCUGAAUGUAGAUAAACUACCACCUGAAAUUAAAUCAAAAGAUAGGCCAUUUGAGAUUGAUUUUGAGGAGCUUGAUUUGGAGGAAGUAAUAGGAGUUGGCGGCUUUGGAAAAGUUUACAAAGGGAAAUGGCGUAAUGAAACUGUUGCUAUAAAAGCAGCUCGUCAGGACCCAGAUGAGCCAAUUAGUGUAACAAUUGAAAAUGUGAGGAAGGAGGCCAAAUUAUUCUGGCUUCUGAACCAUGUAAAUAUUGCAGCAUUGAGAGGAGUUUGUUUAAAAACUCCAAAUUUAUGUCUGGUGAUGGAGUAUGCGGCAGGUGGCUCAUUGAAUAGGGUGCUAGGUGGGCGACAAAUACCUCCAGAAAUUCUAGUGAAUUGGGCAUUACAGAUAGCUAACGGGAUGCAUUAUCUUCAUGAGUUGGCACCAUUGACUCUCGUACAUAGAGAUCUUAAAUCAAGCAAUAUUUUGUUAAAAGAAUCAGUGGAUAGUGGCGAUUUGGGUCAGAAAAAUCUGAAAAUUACAGAUUUUGGAUUGGCAAGGGAAGUGGAGCAAACAACUCGGAUGAGUGCUGCUGGAACCUAUGCUUGGAUGGCACCGGAGGUCAUCAAAUUGUCCAGAUUUUCAAAAAAGAGUGAUGUCUGGAGUUAUGGAGUUGUACUCUGGGAACUGCUUACUGGUGAAACACCGUACAAGGGCAUCGAUGCAUUGGGUGUGGCUUACGGUGUAGCGGUCAACAAACUUACUCUUCCAAUACCAUCUACAUGUCCAGCCAUGUUUUCACAGCUCAUGGCAGAUUGUUGGCAUCAAGAGCCUCAUGAGAGACCAACUUUUUAUGAAAUUUUACAACGACUUCAGGUUAUUGCAACAUCUCCUUUUGUAACCACUCCACAUGAUUCCUUUCACACAAUGCAGGAAGAUUGGCGUCAUGAAAUUGAACAAAUGUUUGAUGAAUUGCGAAGCAGAGAAAAGGAACUGAGAUGUCGGGAAGAGGAACUCACUAAAGCCGAGCUUCAGCAGAAAAUUCAAGAAGAUGCUUUGAAACGUAGAGAACAAGAUCUGGCAGCCAGAGAGAUUGAACUUUUAGAAAGGGAACUUAAUAUACUCAUUCUUCAACAAGUAAUGCAUAAGCCUACACCAAAGAAAAGGAAAAGUAGAAGAAGCAGAUUAAAGGCAUUAAAAUAUGGAGGAAAGAAAAUCAGUGAACCUUCCGAUUUUCGACAUAACAUUACAGUUCAGAAAGAAGAUUCAGCAGUUUAUGAUAAGCGAGCCUAUAGCACUGCCACCAGUCCAGAUAGUCCUCCUGUUACACCCACUUCUCAUGCAGCCCCUCCCCCUCGUUUUAGAGCCAUUGCCAAUCCACCAGGAGAUGGAAGGAAAGGAAAAACCUGGGGCCCAAGCUCGGUUCAGAAAGAUAGGCAUCAACGCUCAUCCAUUAUAUUUGCUGAUGGGCGAUGGUCAAAGAGUGCUCCUAAUUUAGAAAAGUCACUGCGCCAUCUUGGAGCUGGAGCAGUAAACUAUCUAUAUGAUGAGGAAGAUGUACUACCAGGUGAUUUAGAUGAUUCACCCAAAUCAAGAAGCAUUCCACACACGCCAGUGGCAACUCCAACAACUCCAUUUGUCAAAGGGAAAAAAACUGACUCUAGCUUUUACCAUAUGUCAACGAUAUUAGCUUCUGUGGCUAUGGGCUUUGAUAUUGGCAUAGCCAACACACGGGCUAUUCAUCCUAGCUUGCAUAUGCCCAGUGGAGAGGAAGAGAGAAGCAUGAAAAAAAGGGACUCUUAUAUUAAUAACCGACGAGAUGCUUAUCUCGCUGCAGUUAGAGAUGCCAUAAUAGAGCCUGAAGGUGACUUUCGGUCCUAUCAGGCCCCUCCCCCAGGAUAUUGGCACACCUAUCAUGGUGUCCAAGCAAGACAAAGACCUAGUCUUCAGACCUGGGAGACAGAUACUCCCCCUUUAUCAGCAUUUAAUGAUAGUGAUUUUAACAAUCAGGUUCUUGGGCCUGCCUAUACCAACUACACUGCGUCCCAUCGCUCUUCCUUUGCUGAGAGUGAAGCAUCUAUUACAACAUCAACGCCGACAACAGAAAGGACUGUGAUUUACAACCGCCAGCUUUCAACAGAGAGUAAUUUGGAUACAUCCUCUAAACCUGCUGGUCAGGAAACUGCAAACAAGUUGCAGAGGCGCUCUGUAACUUUUGAGGAUGAUUUUAUCCCAGCUGACAUGGGCAAACUAAGUAAUAGUGGCUUGUACAACUCACAUAGAAGAACACCCUCAAAUACCUCAAACACUUCAGCCAACAUUGAUCCUCUAGAUACGAGGCAGAACACACAUAAUGAUUAUUUCCUAAUACCUCAUCCAGAUUACAACUCAUCAUCACCUCAUCAACAGCAGCCAGUUCCACCAAGGCGAAGGUCAGGUGCAGAGCCUGCUCAGCGCCCUACAACUCUAGAUGUGGGUGGAGUCAGGGCUUAUCCUAUACACCUCAAAUACCCUGCCUCACCUGGCUAUGGAUUAAAUCGGGAGUCUGGCCGAGGCCGAGGUGGAGUUGUGGGAGAAGAAAGCACCCCUUACUUUUCAAGUCGGUCACGUUUAUCUCCUGGAAACACUCCCCCUCAUAUAGCACACCAGAAAACUCUUCUGGACAUUGAUGUUGAAGGACAAAAUCAGGAUGCAACAAGACCUUUAGUUUAUCAUAACUCUGGUGCUAAGUACAGUGUGACAGAUUUAGAGAAAGAAUUUCUCUGAUCUACUUUACUCAAAUAGUUUAACAUCAAAACCUAUUUUUAAAAAUAUCAAUGAAAGUAAAUGUUAAUUGCCCUUGCAAUAUAUAUCAACUGAAGUUUUUUUUAAAAGACAUUUUUCAAAAGCGCUGGUUUACAAAGUGUGCCUUCAUAAAGUCGACUCAUUGACCAUAUCAAAUCAUUUUGUAUUUAUCAGUUUGUAUUUAUGCCAUAUCCUUUAUUUAUUUCAUGCUGUGACUUUAUUCUUCCUUGGUUUACUCCUUCCCCUUGACAUCUCCCUGGAUGUUACCUUUCAUUAGACUAGCAAUGAAUUGUGCAUUCAUACUGAGUUGACGCCAGGGAAUAUGUUUACAAAUCUAAGUCAUAAUUGAAUUUGAGAAUAAAAGAGUCCUGUUUGUGUGUGAGUUGGAAUGUUAUUGUUUUUUCAAAUAAUGUAGAAGUGAAACUAUUUUGACCAAUAUGUCAUUAAUUAAAAGAAAAAAAAUAGUAAUUAGUAUUAAAUUAUUAUUAAACUGUAUGAAUAUUUUUAGGCAUGUAUUUUUUUUUUUAUUUGUAUUUAAUGUCAAAUGCUUGUAUUCUUCACUCAUUUAGAUAAUACUAUACAUUGGUUUUAGACAAGAAAAAUAAUUGGGCCUGAUAAAAAAAUAAACAACAUAGUUGCAGGCCACAAGUUAAAACAUCUUGCACUUCUUAAAAAUCUUAACUAUAUUACAAAUGUUGAUUGCUAUAUCAUCAUAAAUAAUAGUUUAUAUUUCAACAAAUCUUCAACCUCUCACUUAUUUUAUCAUAUAUAUUAUAUAUAUAUAUUUACACACCCAUUUAUACCUUUUUUAUUACAUUAUCAGUAAUAUUGAUAUAUAUUCAUGUAAAUUGUAUAAUGUAUUAUUCCAUCAAUCAAUGACUGAAUAUGUUUCUUAGAGUAUACAGUAUUCGUGUUGUCUAUUAAGUCAGUGAACAAAAAAAAAUACAGUGUAUUCCCACUGAUUAUUUCUGGGGUUUGUGCUCAAAAUUACAUACAACUUAAUCUAUUUCUAAGAAAUUUAUGUAUAUCAAUAGGGGUUAUUGUGUAGGCUGUAUUAAAAAAAAAACAACAAUAUCAGAUAUCUGACUUUUUAAAUGGUAUAUUUUCUGGAUUGUUGUCUGAUAAUUUUUUUUAGACUUCAUGGAAGGAGUGCUGAGGCAACCACUUAACUAACACUAAAUGCAAUAUUACAUUUUGUUUUACCCAUAAAAUACAAAUGUUACUAGACAUCUAGAAAGACUAGGCUAGAGAUACAAAAUAAUAUUUAUAUUCUUUGUGUUUUAUAGCUGUUAGUUUAUUGUAUAAAUUAUUUCAGUGAAUAAGGUUGGUUAUAAUUUUUGGCACAUCUAUAUUAAAUUCAUCUUAAGUUAUUUUAGUAAGUUGGACAUUGGGUUGAUUUGUUAUAGAAAAUACAAAAUCUAAUGAACCAUUAUAAAGUAGAUUUAUUUCUUGUUAAUUAUUUAAAAUUUGUUUUAGUUAAGAACAGACAUACAUAAUUUAAUGUUUUAUUUUCUUGUCUCAAAUAUUCCUAAAUAUGGGGGGGAAAAUGCAUUUUAUUAUAUACGAUUGACUAUAAUCUUAAAACUGUUUUAAAGUCUAGAUUUUGUAAAAUUAAAUAAAGAAAGAAAUGGUUCCCCUGUGUUUCAAUAUAUUAUUUUCAAAGGAUUAAGACUAUUUAAAAAUAUCUACUCUUCCUAUCAGCCAUACGCAAGGCUAUACAAAUAAAAUAUAUUUUCAUUAUUUGUAAAAUCAAUGUGUUGUUUCUUUUCCAAUAGGUCAUUGUCCAGCAUUCCCCAACACAGUGCCUUGAUCUUAUUGGGAAAAUAAAAUGUGUAUGAUUGUUUAUUUGUUUUGUGCCUUAUCAUUCAUCUGUUGUGAUUUUUCUAUGCAGUUGUUUAUCAUAUCACAAAAUCAAGUGCCCUCCUCUUUCUCUAUCUGCUCUCUGUAGGUUAGAAUUUGUUUAUUCACAUUCUCAGAAGUCUGCACUAGCUUUCUUAUAAGACUUAUCCCUGAAAAUUGUAGUAGACACCUGACUAAGUUGUAUCACAUGAAAUACUAUAAUAUUAAUUAAUGGAAAAUUUACUUAAUUAGAUAAUUUUUGAAGAUUUUUUUUAAUCUUUGAAAAAAGAACAUAUAAGUCAUUUGGUGUUGUAAAAUAAGUUUUGCAAGAUCAAUUUAGCUUAGACGUUAUCUUUAGUUGUGUUGAAGAAUAAAAAAAAAACAAUUUUUAAAAAUUACUGCCCUUUAUUUCAAAACCCCUUUUAAUGUAAUAUUUUGGGCAACUUGAAACUACAAAAGUUUGGAUUUGAAGGCUUAUGAAAUAUUGUCAACUCUGUAACUUUUUUCUAAUUAAAAAUUGUUUAUCUUAAAAGUUAUUGUGAGAAAAAAAAACAAUGUUCAACAAGAUCUAAUUUGCUAAGAGAUUACAGGGUCAUUAAAAAGUGUUGAAACAUUUGAACAUAAACUCUAAAUAUAUUAUUGUUAUUGCAACUAUUUUUCUCUCUUGAAAUUUUAAUUCAGUAGUCUUGAUUUUUAUGAUGCUGGUGUAAAAUAUUCAGAUCAAAACACUUUUGUUAUAUUUAUGGACAAUAACUUGCCUUUAAAAAAAAAAAAUGAACUAUGAAAUAUAAUAUUUGAAAAUGUCUAUGACCCUUUAUUUGAUGACCCUGUAUUUUGUGUAUAGACCACAGUUAGAUAGAACUUGCAAACAUUCCACCAUUGCAUUAACUUUGUGAACCAAUAUAGAUUUGAGUAAUGCUUAUUUUGAAGAUUUUCUUGAUAUCUACCUAGCAAUAGGCCUAGUAGUUUAAAUAUUUUAAUUAUGAAACUAAUGACAUUAUUUAUAAUAUUGUUAUUUAGUAAGUAGCCCAGCAGUUGAUAUUUUGUUUGUUAACUAUGGAUAGAUGAUUGGUGUAGAGCAGUCAGAGUUGUUAGCAAUCAAUUCAACAUCUAUAACUUAUUUUUCACUGUACUCAUCAAAUUGAUGCUGUAACAUUUAGCUUAUCAAGGUUUCAAUCUGUUUUGUGUCCUGUCCUAUUCAUAAAUCCCUUGCAAGUUAGGCCCUCUAUGCUUGCUUAGGUGCCUGCCUCAAAGCUCUGUGCUUGUUUCAACAUUGAUUUUACUGAGCAGAAAUGUAAGAAAAAAAAAUUCUCAAAGCUAGCUAAACAUGACUAUCCUGAAAACUAGGUAACAAUUCUUAUCAUAAAAAAAAAAAAAGAAAA